AUGAGCUGUGGCUCCAAGCAGACCUCUAAAAGCUGCCACCGAGGGAGCAGCGGUGGCAGUGCGAGCGGCAGUGGUGGUGGAGGGGGCAGCAAGUAUUCCUCUGCCUCCACACGAAGAUACACUGCUAGGACAAGCGGUGGCGGCAGGUUUUCUGGUGGCAGUUGUGGUGGAGGAAGCUCCAGAAGCAGCUACGGGGGGGCAGCGAGCAGUGGGAGCUAUGGAAGGAUCAGGCACUGCAGUUACGGAGGGAGAAUGAGCGGCGGCAGCUGCAGAGGAGGAGGGGGGGGCGGAUAUUUUGGAGGGGGAAUGAGUGGUGGCAGCUACGGAGGUAUGAGCGGUGGUGGUUACGGAGGAGGAAUGCGCUGUGGUAGCAUGGGAGGAGGCUUUGGAUCAGCCAGGAGCGGGUUUGGUGGUGGUUAUGGAGGAAGCUUUGGUGGAGGCGGUGCUGGUUUCAGUGGAGGCAGAUUUGGCAGCGGUGGCAGCUUUGGCGGCGGUGGCUUUGGUGGAGGGAGCAUGGGAAUUCUGUCCAACGACGAAAAGCUGACCAUGCAGAACCUGAAUGACCGCCUGGCUUCCUAUCUGGAUACGGUCAGAAAUUUGGAAAAGGAAAAUGCUCAGCUUGAGCAUUUAAUCAGGGAGUGGUACCAGAAGCAAGGCCCUACUGGUAGAAAGGACUACAGUCACUAUUAUGGAGAAAUCGAAGACCUUCAAAAUCAGCUUGUGACUGCAGCUGUGGAAACCAACAGGAUACUUUUGGACCUGGAUAACACAAGGAUGACUGCAGAAGACUUCAGGAUAAAGUAUGAGACAGAGUAUGGGCUCCGGCAGAACGUGGAGGCUGACAUCAACACCCUGCGACCCUUGUUGGAUAAUCUGACUCUGAGCAGGUCUGACCUGGAGAUGCAAUUUGAGUCCCUGAAGGAGGAGAUGAUUAGCCUCAAGAAGAACCAUGAGGAGGAAAUUAAAUCACUGCAAACCCAAUCUGGUGGUGAUGUGAAUGUGGAGGUCAAUGCUGCUCCAGGAGAGGAUCUGCUGAAGAAACUGAACGAUAUGAGACAAGAAUAUGAACAUAUUAUUCAGAAAAACCGUGAAGAGGUUGAAAGGUGGUAUGAGAGCAAGAUGGAGGAAGUGAGUCAACAAGUCCACUCAAGUGGUCAGGAACUGGAAUCAAGCAACCAGCAGAUCUCUGCACUGAGACGUGACUAUCAGAGCCUGGAAAUCGAGCUGCAGUCUCAGCUCAGCAUGGUACGGUCUUUGCAAUCCAACCUGGAAGACACGGAACGUCGCUACAACAUGCAGCUGCAGCAGAUCCAGAGCAUGAUCGGCCCCUUGGAGGAGGAGCUGGCCAGCAUCCGCUGCGAGAUGGAGAGCCAGAACGAAGAGUACAAGAUGCUGCUGGGCAUCAAGACCCGCCUGGAACAGGAGAUCGCUCAGUACCGCGCACUGCUGCAGGAGGGACAGCAUGGCAUCGGCUCGUCACAGGGAGGAGCUGGUGGCGGAUCCUCAGGAGGAGGGGGCCACGGAGGAAUUAGCUGGUCUUCUGGGAGAGGAAGCAGUGGAGGAGGAAGCAGAGGUGCUGAAAACCUGAAGCUCUGCCUGGAAGGGAACAAAACACUGGAGAGAGGAGCAACAAUGGAGGAAGUGUCCGAGGCCAUAAAAACUAUAAGAUCAGAAGAUGCUGGAGUCAUGAGCUGUGCUGUUUCACUCCGAGGGAGGCAUCACCUGCUGGAGGAGGUUGAGAAACGCCGAUCGAGUGGGAGACCGUGGGAAUGGGAAUCCUGA